CCCCGCGCGAGUCGCGCGUGCGCGGGAGCCGCCCAGGCGGGUGUGAGGCGGCGCGCGGCGCGGGUAUCGCGAUAGUCGCGCGGCCCGGACGCUCCGCUGCCCGUGGGCGCUGCGCAGGUGAGGGCCCGCCGGACGGCUCGGCAGCGAGCGAGGAGGCGCGUCCUGCCCGGCCAGGGAGGCUGCCGGGGCACGGCCAGGGGUGCGCGAGGGACUCGCGGAUUUAAAUUAAGCAAAAAUGGACUGGAGUGGAAAACACAAUGGGCCUAAUGAUACAACCAAUGACGGAACGGUGGUACGACUCCGAGGCCUGCCUUUUGGUUGCAGCAAAGAAGAGAUUGUGCAGUUUUUCCAAGGGUUGGAAAUCGUGCCAAAUGGGAUAACAUUGACGCUGGACUACCAGGGGAGAAGCACAGGGGAGGCCUUCGUGCAGUUUGCUUCAAAGGAGAUAGCAGAAAAUGCUCUGGGGAAACACAAGGAAAGAAUAGGGCACAGAUACAUUGAAAUCUUCAAAAGUAGUAAGAGCGAAAUCAGAGGAUUCUCUGACAUGCCAAGAAGAAUGAUGGGACAACAGCGACCUGGACCAUAUGAUAGACCAUUAGGAGGAAGAGGGGGUUAUUAUGGAGCUGGGCGUGGAAGUAUGUAUGACAGAAUGCGUCGAGGAGGUGGUGGAUAUGACGGUGGAUAUGGUGGCUUUGAUGAUUAUGGUGGCUAUAAUAACUAUGGCUACGGAAACGACGGCUAUGACGACAGAAUGAGGGAUGGGAGAGGUUUUCCAAUAGGCAUGGGAGGACAUGGCUAUGGAGCUGGAGAUGCAGGGUCGGGGUUCCAUGGUGGCGGUCAUUUUGUUCACAUGAGAGGGCUGCCUUUCCGAGCCACGGAAAACGAUAUUGCUAACUUUUUCUCACCACUGAACCCUAUAAGAGUUCACAUUGAUAUUGGAGCAGAUGGAAGAGCUACAGGAGAGGCAGAUGUGGAGUUUGUAACUCACGAGGAUGCAGUGGCUGCCAUGUCCAAGGAUAAGAACCACAUGCAGCAUCGGUAUAUUGAACUGUUCCUGAAUUCUACUGCUGGAGGUGGCUCUGGAAUGGGAGGCUAUGGCAGAGAUGGAAUGGAUCAAGGUUACGGCUCUGUUGGUAGAAUGGGAAUGGGUAGCAAUUACAGCGGUGGAUACGGAACUCCUGAUGGCUUGGGGGGAUACAGUCGUGGCAGUGGAAAUAGUGGAGGAUACUAUGGGCAAGGCAGCAUGGGUGGAGGAGGAUGGCGUGGGAUGUAUUGAAGGAUAGCCUUGCUUCUGCAGAACAUCUUGGAAGAAACAGUCUCUGGUCUACUAGACUUUCUUACAAAAUUUAAUUUCUUUUGUAUUUUAAGAACUUUAUAAUGACUGAAGGAAUGUGUUUUCACAAUAUUAUUUGGUAAGCAACAGAUUGUGAUGGGAAAAUCUGUUUUCUGUAGGUUUUAUUUGUUGCAUACUCUGACUUUAAAUAAAUUUUUAUAUUCAAACCACUGAUGUUGAUACUUUUUAUACUAGUUACUCCUAAGGAUGUAUUACAUAUUCAAGACUACAGUCGGUUUAAAAUGUUGUACUAUGGUUCCAUAAAGGUGGUUGUACUGUAACUCCUAUGAACACUGAUUCAGUUCUAUGUAAUCCUGGUCUAGUGAGCAAAUUUAAACAUUAACUUGUUUAAGGGGAGAAGGGUAGAUGAGUAGAUAGUUGAUUUGGUAAUUACUUUCCUAAAUCCUUUUGCUAAGUUGUAUGUAGUAACUGCAGUGCAGCAGAAAGCUGUGGAGGCUCAGUCGUUGUUCCUCCUGCUGCCAGCAUCCCCAGCAAAUGCACAGCUGCUGUAAAGAAGCAGCACCCCCGUCUGCCUCCACAACACCCUGCAGCCACGUUUAUUUCCACCUUGCUGGAGUGGUUGGAGCCUGCAUUUCACACAGGGGACCUGCAAGUCUGACUGAAACACGAGCACAGCUUUUAGCUAGCAUAGGUCAAGUACUAGUUCAUUUGAUGCUUUUUACUUAGUAUUGUUUUCACAAACACGCUUUUAGGAAGAGUGGGGGAUUUGGAAGCAAGUUACUUCUUUUCUUUCUUGAAUUUAUUGUAUUUAAACAUGGUUCAGCAUUUUCUUUCACUGCACAGAGCUGAUUUGUCUGUAUUUGUUCAAAGUUUGCCAAGCCAUUCUACAUAGGAGCUCAUUAGAAGCCAAGAUCUCUAAAAUAUCUAUAGGCCCAAUACUUCUUCAGGAACACACAACCCAAACACGCUGAUAAAACUUUGUGCAUUUGUGACAUGUAAGAUAUGUAAGAAACUUACUGUUUGAAGACACUUAACAUACCUGAUGUGUUAAUGGAAAAAGGUAUUUAUUCUUCUGAGCCAGUGUGAUCUCCCAAAUUAACUGCUUUGUCCUCAAUGCCUCCCUUAAAAUGUCAAAUGUGAUCUUGGGUAUUGCAAGUCUGUCACCUGUUUUGCUAGUACUGUGUUAUAUCUGUAAUAAAUGUCUUCUUGUGGGA